AUGCUGGUGGUGAUCACGGGGCGCAAGGCAGUGCAAGAGGCAGAGGGCGGCCAUGUGAACCUCAAGCAAUGGGUGGAGCCACUGGUGGCAUCCAAUUCAAUCGCAGCCUUCAAAGACCCGCGCCUGGACGCCCCGGAUGACAUUCUGCUGCGCCUCGCCCGCCUGGCUCUCUCCUGCACCGCCAUGCCCACGGCCUCGCGCCCCUCCAUGGGCAAGGUGCUGGGGGAGCUGGUGGCAGUGAGGGGGGAGAUAGUGGGCGAGGAGGUGGACAAGGUGGCAUCGCGCAUCGACAGCGAGAUUGACACGUCCAGCGAUCUCGACUUCAAUGCUUCCAUUGCCCGUGCUCACCAGAUUGCCAUGCAGAGUGGCUCCUCUGAUACUGUGUGA